ACCCCUCUACCCCUCCAUUAUGAGAUACAACCGCCCAUCUCUCUCUAGUAGGUGCCUACCUACAGGUACUAACUAUCGUAGCCAGCGUACGUACAUAGUACCCGGCUAUUCCUACGGAUAGCUAAGGCGGUUGGUUGUAUUCUGCGUAGUCCGCAUAUGCGGAGAGGCUAGUCCGGGCGUACUCUAUACCUGCCUUUAUAGACCUGGAGUGGUUGUAUGGAAAGUACCUGCCGAACGCAUGCGGGUAGGUACCUACUGACCUGCUUAAGGUAUUAUAUAGGUAGGUAGGUAGGGAAACCGCCGUCUUUAGCUGAUUGUUGGCUGCUGCUGCUGUUUGUCGUUGCUCGGGGUACUGCGGGCUUUUCCUUCUCUCGCUGGACAAAAUCCCAGCUCGUCUCUAAUUCCUCCAAAUACCUCAGCUUCCCGCUUCUUUCCGUCUUCUCAUCGUAACCGCUCCCUCUUUCUUCCCACAGAGAUUCCUGUGCGCCAAAACCACCGAUUGAAGCCCUGCCUCCGCCAGAAUGUCUCUUUCCAGCAAGUUGUCCAUCACUGACGUCGACCUCAAGGGCAAGAGGGUGCUCAUCCGGGUUGACUUCAACGUUCCCCUCGAUGCCGACAAGAAGGUCACAAACAACCAGCGUAUUGCUGGGGCUAUCCCCACCAUCAAGUAUGCCGUCGACAACGGUGCCAAGGCUGUCAUUCUCAUGUCCCACCUUGGCCGCCCUGAUGGCAAGGUCAAUCCCAAGUACAGCCUGAAGCCCGUCGUGCCCGAGUUGGAGAAGCUGCUGGGCAAGAGCGUCGAGUUUGCACCGGACUCUGUCGGACCCGAGGUCGAGGCCAUCGUGAACAAGGCGGAUAACGGCCAGGUCGUCCUACUGGAGAACCUGCGCUUCCACGCCGAGGAAGAGGGAUCGUCAAAGGAUGCCGAGGGUAAGAAGGUCAAGGCCGACAAGGCCAAGGUUGACGAAUUCCGCAAGGGGUUGACUGCCCUCGGCGAUGUCUAUAUCAACGACGCCUUCGGAACUGCUCACCGAGCACACUCAUCUAUGGUUGGCGUUGACCUGCCUCAGAAGGCUGCGGGUUUCUUAAUGAAGAAGGAGCUGGACUACUUCGCCCAGGCUCUUGAAUCACCCAAGCGUCCUUUCCUCGCCAUCCUCGGAGGCGCCAAGGUAUCUGACAAGAUUCAGCUUAUCGACAACCUUCUGGACAAGGUUAACAGCAUCAUCAUCUGCGGUGGCAUGGCUUUCACCUUCAAGAAGACUCUCGAGGGCGUCAGCAUCGGCAACUCUCUCUUUGACGAGGCCGGCUCGAAGAACGUCGCUCAGCUGAUCGAGAAGGCCAAGAAGAACAACGUCAAGGUGGUCCUUCCCGUCGACUACGUGACCGCGGAUAAAUUCGACAAGGACGCUAAGACGGGCACUGCCACCGAUAAGGAAGGCAUCCCCGAGGGCUGGAUGGGUCUCGACUGCGGCCCCGAGUCCAUCAAGCUGUACCAAGAGGCCAUCAACUCGGCCCAGACCAUCCUAUGGAACGGCCCCCCCGGCGUGUUCGAGUUUGAGAAGUUCGCCAACGGCACCAAGGCUACUCUAGACGCCUUCACCGCGGCAGUCGCUGACGGCAAGAUUGGCAUUAUCGGUGGCGGAGACACUGCCACUGUCGCUGCUAAGUACGGCGCCGAGGCCAAGUGCUCGCACGUCUCGACCGGCGGCGGCGCCUCGCUCGAGCUGCUCGAGGGCAAGGCACUCCCCGGUGUGGUGGCCCUGAGCACCAAAUGAAGGUCAGAGAGGCCGAUGCGGCUAUGAACCGGGAUCGGCCAUCGGGGUUGAAGCAGGAGAGGAUCAAGCGGUGCAGGAGAAGCCGUGAUACGGUGGAACGUUUCUCCUUGGACUGAUAGGGCUCAGGUGUUGGUUUAAUACGCGGUACAUUCGGCCAGGGAGGCCUGGAUGAUUCCAGGGGAGAGGGCAUCCUGUUUUUAGUAGCACCCAACUGCGUUUUUUUACGUAUCGGCCUCGUUAGGUACGAGAUUCUGCCACUGCUAGAGAAAAUCACCCCGACUUAGAGAUGAAUACCAAAUUUCGAUCAAACUUUGGCUG